UGCCUUGAAAGCGGCCGCAACCUUCACAUUCGUGGAUCCUGCGCUGCAUUUUGUUUCUUGGACCGCCGCAGGCUACUACUAGUAAAUCGUAAUACUACCAUGCCUCCAUGAUUCCGGUCUUCGCCGGCCCGGCCGCGGCGGCCUGUCGCGCAAGAACCGGGCAAAGGUCAUCGUAAAUUUGCGCAGAUAUCUUCUGUACCACAUUAUUAUGCCGCCGUCGGAGGUUCCAGCCAUAGGCGGGUGUACAGACGAGCGUAUAUAUAUCCGGCCUCCUUCCUCGCCCCUUUUCUUCCUCAGACCCUGUGUUGUGUGUGCUAGCUGCCUUCUACCCGCCUACAUCUGAUCCACUCGACCUUCGCCAUGGCUUUCACGUUGUUCGUCGCCUGGGUGGCGAUUGCUUUCCUCCUCCCCAUUUACCUCUUCGGUUUGCACCACGGCAAGCCUCGGUCCGUCGAGGUCGGCCAGGCCACAACAACUCGCAGUCGGGCCCGUCGUGCUCUGACCUCGGAAAAAGCCUUGAACGAGCGUCCCCAUCCCGAUGUCCACACCGUCCACGAUAUCAUUCUCCAUGCCGCCAAGCAGUUCCCCACCCGUCCCGCUAUGGGAGCUCGGUCCGUUAUUCGCGUGGUCACGGAGGAGAAGGAGGUGAUCAAGACGAUCGGUGGACAGCAGGUCACUGAGGUGAAGAAGUGGAACUUCUUCGAGCUGUCCGGAUACUCCUGGAUGAAUUACGCCGAAGUCAAGGAGCACGUCGCCAAGCUUGGAGGUGGUCUGCAGCACAUUGGAUUGAAGGCCGGUGACAAGCUCACCCUGUUCGCGGCUACCAGCCGUGACUGGCAAUUCAUGGCUCACGCCGCUUUCUCCCAAUCCAUCGCCGUCACCACCGCUUACGACACUCUCGGAGAGGAAGGUCUUACAUUCUCUCUGAACGAGUGCGAGAUCACCACCUUGUUCACCAACGCCGACCUUCUCAAGAUCAUGCCCAGCGUUGGCGCCAAUGUCCCAUCUUUGAAGAGGAUCAUCUACAAUGGAACCGCCGACGAGAAAGUGCUGGCCCGUAUCAAGGAGACCUUCCCUCACUACGCCCUCUACCACAUCGACCAAAUCGCCGCGUUCGGAAUCGAAUUCCCCGUCGACACCGUCCCCCCCAAGCCCGAAGACACCGCCGUCAUCAUGUACACCUCUGGCUCUACUGGUAACCCCAAGGGUGUUGUUCUGACUCACCGCAACAUUGUUGCUGCUGUUGCUGGCGCAAAGGACCGCGGAGACAUUAUUCUCCCCACCACCAGCGAGGUUUACCUUGCUUACCUUCCUCUCGCCCACGUUUUGGAACUUGUUACUGAGCACCUUGCGCUCGUUUGUGGAUGCGCCAUCGGUUACGGAAGUGUUCGCACCCUGACGGACGCUAGCGUUCGUAACUGCAAGGGCGAUCUGAAUGAACUUCGCCCUACUGUCAUGGCUGGUGUGCCCGCCGUUUGGGAAACCAUCCGCAAGGCCGUCAUGGGCAAGUUGAAGGCAAAGUCCCCCAACGUCAGGCGGAUCUUCGACCUGGCCGUCGCGCUCAAGUGGCAGCUGAUCCAAUACGGUCUCCCCACCGGCUUCCUGGACAACACCAUCUUCAAGCCCAUCCGCGCCCAAACCGGUGGCCGUCUCCGGUACGCUAUCUCCGGCGGUGCCCCCAUGCCCAAGGAAACCCAAAAGUUCAUGACCUGCACAGUCUGCCCCAUCCUCCAAGGUUACGGCAUGACAGAAACUUGCGCCGCCAACGUCAUCCAGCUCCCCACCGACCCAUGGAUGCUGGGUCGUGUCGGACCACCCACCUCCACCGUCGAGAUCGUGCUGGCCGCCGUCGAGGACACCAACUACCACCCAUCCAACCGACCACGUCCCCAGGGCGAGAUCUGGAUGCGCGGACCCUCCGUCAUGAAGGAGUACUACAAGAACCCCAAGGCGACCGCCGAGACGAUGACCGCCGACGGGUGGUUGAUGACGGGCGACAUUGGCGAGUUCUACCCGGACGGCACGAUCGCCAUCAUCGACCGUAAGAAGAACCUCGUGAAACUCUCCAACGGCGAGUACAUUGCUCUCGAGAAGCUCGAGUCGCAGUACAAGACCUCUCCCUACACCCACAACAUCUGCGUGUACGCCCACUCCGAGGAGGCGUUCGCCGUCGCGAUCGUUAACCCUAUCGAGAAGGAGAUCAUGACGCUCGCGAAGGAGUUGGGCGUCCCCGGUCAUUUCGAUGAGGUGUGCGAGAGCCCACUGAUCCUGAAGGCGCUGCUGGCGGACCUCAGGACGAUGGCCAAGAACGGUGGAUUCAAGCCCGCGGAGAUCCUUGGACACAUUGCCAUUGAUGCCGAGUUGUGGACACCGGAGAACCAGAUGCUGACUGCCGCGCAGAAACUCAAGCGCAAAGAGAUUGUUGAGGCCAACAAAGCCCGCAUCGCCGCCAUGUACAAGGCCGGCAGACAAUAAAGCCUCCCAACACACCUCUAGUCCCACAAUCCGAACGCACACACCUUACCCGCCAACGCAUACGACCGCGGCCUUGACUCUUUCUUGCAUCCAUCAUACGGCGUAGAAACCGCUUCACAUAGUACCCCUCAUAUAUCCAUUAACAGUAUCUAAUAUACGCAUAUAUAAUCGUAGUCACAGUAUUCUUUCAUCCCCGCCCGUCUCUCUGCUGGUAGAGCUAAUUUGGACAUUUGAAAAUGAAGGAAGCUGAAAAUGUGUCUGU